CACUACGUCACAUUUCAAGAUGGUGGGGGUAGCUAUACCGCUGGUUGUGGUGACACUUUUCUGGCUGAUCAUCGGCGCUGGAGUGCCGUGGGCCAUUCCAAAAGGACCGAACAGAGGAGUCAUCCAGACAAUGAUAGUGACAACUGCAGUAUGUUGUUAUGUGUUUUGGUUGGUAGCAACUCUAGCCCAGCUGAAUCCCCUGAUUGGACCCCAGCUGAAGAAUACAGUCAUCCAGUACAUCAAGUGGCAGGAGACAGAAGGAUAGGUAUGGACAUCAGUGGAGGUCAUGUGCAACAGAGGGCAGCAUAACUUUCAGAUGGGAAGAUUCUGCAAAUAUUAACACUAUCUUAGACUUACCAGAAGAAAGCUGCUUGAGACUCCA